AUGCAGGCUCAGACAGAUGCAGCUUAUACAGAACUCUACAGCUCACUGAUUCAAGAGGGCGUCUCUGCUUCAUCUCUCAAGCUCAAAGACUUUCCUGAAACAGGCCGCGGCCUAGCUGCCACACGAACCAUCUCGCCAGGCGAGACAUUGCUGUCUAUUCCCUUUCGCCAUCUCAUCAAUUUGAAGACGAUCGCCAAGUCUCUAGGUACAGACUGGAAGCAUUCUACAUGUCCUGCACAUGCGGCCAUUGCUGUCCAUAUACUGCAUCAUCGCCGUCUACAUGAAAAUUCAUCAUUGAAGCACUAUAUACACUCGUUACCGAGAGCCGAGGACCUUCAAGGUAUACCGUUGACAUGGGAAACACAAGAGUGUGAGUACCUACCAGUCUCUACGCAGACCAAACUCGCCCAACAACGCCUGCUUCUAAGCAAUCACUACAGCCUUGCUCAGGUCCUCAUCUCCAACACGCCCGUCUAUGCAGACUUGAAUCUGACAUUCGAACUGUUUCGCUGGGCAUGGCUCAUUGUCAAUAGUCGCAGCAUCUAUCAACAACUCUCUACACAAUCAACAAUAGAUGACAAUUACACCUGUGCAGCUCUCGUCGAUAUGCUCAAUCACGCACCGAGCAACGUUCCGCAUGCAAAACUACUCUAUGACAAGUCCGGGCUGACUGUGGAAGCACAAUCGUCCUAUGUCGAGGGUGAAGAAGUCUGUAUCAGUUAUGGUGCGCAUGGGAAUGACUUUCUCGUGCUCGAAUAUGGAUUUCGCGUACAACAGAAUGCAGACAAUAGUCUGGUGCUGGAUGAUCUCAUUCUCGCCGAUUUGAGUGAUGCGCAUGGUGAGCAAUUGAGAGAGAUGGGGUAUUUUGGUGGAUACACGACGGAUCAUCUCGGACGCGCUUCCUUCAGAGUUGAAGUAGCCUUGCGUGUUGCAUUGCUUGAGCAAGAUGAGCUUGUUGUGGAUGGACAGGCACUGAGACGGGUCAUGCAGUAUGCUCAGGGUCUCAACAGUGGUCGCGACACGGAAGCUGCAGUCAAGGAAAGACUCACUCGGCUGCUUGACAUGGUGGUGGCUCGGUCGACCUCAGCAAUAGAGUCGAUGCCAAACACCAUGUCGAAGUCUGUUAAGGACAUGAUCAGUGUUUUGCAUCAGGAUGAGAUUGCCAUUGCAGAACAUGGUCUUGAGCAUCUCAAAUUGUAA